AUGGAGAGCCCAGAUCUCUCAACGGCCGACUUGGCCCGUGACCUCCCAGACCUCCCUGCACUCCCCACAACGCCCAGAAGGAGCGCAAGUGCUGCACAUGGCGAGACCACGAAAGCUCCCAUCACUCCGAUGAGGAGUGCCUCUGCAAGAGUUUCGAUCAAAGACCCAAGCAUGACGCCGCGGUUCAAGAAGAAGGUCCCGUGGAAGGGCAAGAACAUUAUGGUUCUUCUUCCCAAAGAUGAUGAGCGUGGGCGCCCCGGACAAGCGCCCAAGCCGCUGAACCAAUCUGAAAUUGAAGGCAUGUUUAGAUCGUGGCAAGAGCUUGGGUACGACAUCAGCGGCUUCGACCUGGACGUAGCAGAGGGCACGUACCAGACCCCCAUAGGGUACUCUCAGAGUCGAGACGCUUGGCCCGACUUUGACGAGGUUGCUAGAGAGCGUGCGGAACGCACGUACAAGGUCACGUUGCCUGACUUGAACGCUUGGAAGAACUACGUGAACGAGCUUAACGAGGCCAAGUUGCGAGCUCUCGGAGUGUCGUUCGGCGACGACGACCCCCCUGCGCCGUCAAUAUCGCCUGCGGUGUCACAGCCUAGCAGACAGGCUUCAGCGCAGUACCCGCCUCUGCCUUUCUCCCCACCCAUGCCUACGUCCUCGGCCUCGAGCAACCAUAUCCAAGGUUAUCCCUUCCCCUCGCAGUUCCUGCCCGGUGGACGUUCGUCCGCAGGCCAGAGCCCGAGUAUGGCUUCUCCCGUUGGUUUCGGAAGCCACCCAGCCAAGUACAAUGCUCGACAGUCGAUAUCGGUUCCUAUGGGCCAUUCACCCUUUCAAAUGUCGAGCCAGCCUUCGCCAAUGGGCUGGCCUUCGCAGCACAGAACGGAUUCGCCUUCGAUGCUCAACGGAAUCCUUUCUCCCGUGUCGCCCUUCGCACCGGAGGGUUUCGCGCCGACUGGUAGCCCUGCUUUCAACGCUCACCAGCGGCACCAAUCUCUGCAGUACCCCAUGAUGCCCCACCAGUUCAUACAGCAACAGCAACCUGCGCGGGCAUCUCCUCGCCUGCAGGAGGUACGAGAGGAUGAGGAGGAGGCAGCUGAAGAGACCCCCUCGAAGCCGUUGGAGCCCGCGCAGGUCAACGACGACGACCUCCAGGCCGAGAUUGACGAGGCCGAAUACCACUUGGAGGAACAGAUGCGCAACGAGUUGGAGCACGAGGACUACAGCCCGCAUAACGAGGAAGCCGCUGCGGAGCAACUUGCAGACUUCUCUCAACAGCAGCCUCCUUCGCAUGUGAGAGAAGCGUCCGUCCAGUUCCAGGCACACCCGCAAUUACAACAGCAGUUCGUCCAGCAGUCCGGUGACGGCCCUGUUCUCCACCACCCGCGGCCUCACAGCCGUGGCCACUCACUGUCGCAGAACUUCUUCUCUCACCACGACGAGACGCGACCUCGUGGCGACAGCUUGACCGGAUGGCACGAUGUUGACCCCAACCGAAUCGACGAGGCGGCCGAAAUCGAGACCAACCCCAGCAACCUUGGUACUCCUGUGCAAGACUACAGCCUUACGACACUUUUGCAACAGCACCAGCGAUCCUUCUCCACGACAAGUAACCCGUGGAAUGACGUCUCGUCGAUGUCGAGCAACUCCGGCAUGCCGAGAAGACCCAGCCAUGCCAGCAAGCCGUCGCUGUCCAAGCUCAACGUCAAGGCCCCCGAGUUCAAGUUCAACCCGGGCCACGAGUCAAAGGCCAGCUUCACUUUUGGAAGUGGCAGCAAUACCUUCCAGCCGUCUGUUUUCCAGGCGGGAGGCGGAUCGUUCACAUCCUCUGUGGCUUCACCAUCGGCACACUCGUUUGGCGCACCGUCCAUCUCAUCCAAGAUUAAUGCUGCUGCCCCUGUCUUCUCCCCUGGCCAGAGCGACUUUAGCUUUUCUGCCUCUGGUCCAAAGUUCCGACCGGAUGCACCCGCCUUCACACCCUUCGGGAACGUUUCAGACUCUGUCACUAGCCCUGUGUCGGGCAGCGAAAGCAUUGGCCACCGCACCAGCUCGAUUUUCGGCAACAUUGAUCUGAGCCUGUCUGACGUUGUUAAGCCUCCCAAAAAGAACAAGGCUAUUCCGAUCGUCCGCCCCAGCAGCAGCGACAACAACAAGGACGAAUCUCAGGACGAUCUUCCGGAUGAAGCAGACGGUCGUCUGAUUGACGAGUCUCGUAUCAAGAGGGCGAAGGCUUCGAGAGGGGACGGCGAUGAUGUUCCCCUGUUCGCUGAACCAUCGCCUGAGCCUACCGCAAUGCAGUCGCUCCAGCCAGCAUCGAAGAAGGAGGAACAGGAGGCUCCCGAGCACAAGUCGGGCGAUGAGCAAGCUUUCACACCAGCAGACACAACAAUGUCUUCCACGGUUGCUUCCGAGCACCCUACUGAUUCUAAGGCUGUCACGGCCACCAGCCCCUCGGAUACGUCGCCUGACCAGCAGCAACUGAACUGGGCGCCUUUCGAGUUUGAGUCCAAGUCUGACCUCCAGAACUUCAAUGAUGCUCGACCUUUCGGUAUCGACACCUACAAGAAGGGCCACAACAAGUCCCUGUCUGCCACCGCGAGGGCAUUCAUCCCUGGCGGCGGCUGGGCUGUUGCGCCUGAGACUGAGACUGAGGAAGAUGAAGAGGACAAGCGCGACAGAGAAGACACAAUCGAGCCUGUUCUGCCAAGCACCGAGGCUCCGCUCCAGUUGUCGCCUCCGCGUGAACAGUCUACCCGCGCGCCUACGCCUCCCAACUUCGCUGCCUCCAAGGGACUGGGCGCUUCUCGUUUCGCCAGCCCGCCGAAGACUAAGGGUCUCGCUGCGUCUCGCUUCGCGGCUUCUCCCUCACCUGCACGUGAGCCUGAGCAGGAGCUUGAAGAAGGGGAAAUCCCCGAGGACUACGUCGUCUCCGAAGCUGAAGAGUACGUUGAUGAGCCCCAGGCGCACGACUUCUCCUUUGGCGACCAGCCCACGAGAAACACCAACAACGAGCUGCGCGAGCCAACUUUCGAAGAGAUUGAUGCCAUCAUGGACCACCUCAACCAGAAUGAUCCAACCUUUGGCGUGAACAAGGCCACUGCCGAAGCUACCGAAUGGCACCAGCCCAGUCCUAAGAGGCAAAUCCAGGUCGCUGGCGUUACCAACCUGUCGCCCUACAAGAUGCAAGCCGGCAGUCAGUACCGCAGCAGAACAUCCAGCCCCGUCCGACAAUACCACGGCCUCCCUGCCGACAACUCGACGAUGCCAAGCACGGAGCUGGAGGAUCCUUUCAUCGAUCCUGUCGAUGCGCGGUCAUUCGAUGCUCCCAUCACGCACUUGAACGGUGAAGAGAGCGUUGCGCAUAGCGACUGGGAGGGGGCUUUCAGUGAGGAGGAACAGGCCAAGCUGGAGCAACGCGUCCAGUUCUUCGACGGCCGUGUCAAUGAAGCCGUCAGCGACCUGCUCUCCGCUCGCCUCGGCCCCUUGGAGAAGGCUCUUCUUUCCAUCAAGCAAUCCCUCCGAGGAGGCUCCAGGAGAGCUUCCUCUUCCGUCCGUCGCAGCGUUUCUGCAGACAUCCAGCACAGUGAUGCUGACGACGAGGAUGAAGAACCUGUGCCCCGCCGCUCGUUGAGCCCGCGCCGCGACAGACGCAUGGAACAGAUCCGCGCAGCCGUCCUCGACGCUUUUGCGGUGCAGCAGCGCAGCACUCCUCCCGUGGCCCCGGUUGUCGCCCCUGCCGCCUCCGACGAUACCUCCAGCACUGCUGUUCUCAAGGCUUUGGAGGAGAUGAGGGAACAGUUUGGCGCUUCUAUGCGUCUUGAUUUCCGCGGCGAGGAUUUGCGCAACAUUGUCGAGGAAGCUGUCGAGAAGCGCAUGCCGACUCCGUCCCAACAGGCCACUGCUGAUCGUGACAGCGACGAGGCCGUCAACAACAAGCUGAGUGAGCUCCAGGCCAAGGUCAUCGAUCUUGAAGAACGCCUCUAUGUCGAGCGAACCCAGACUGAGAAGGAGGUCACCGAUCGCCGUGCUGCCGAAGAUCUUGCGGCCGAGCUAGAGAGGAAGUUGCAGGCCGCCGAGACCCGCGUCGAGGUCGAAAUCAUGAACCGAAGCAUUUUCGACAACCGCAUCGGUGACCUCGAGGAGAAGCUCAGGCACCAGGAGGAGAGAGCUCAGGCAGAGCUUGAUGGCCGCCGUACCGCCGAAGAUAGACUCUCCGAGGUCCAGCGACUUCUUCGCAUUGCCACCGAAGAGGAGAAUCGCCUCAGAGAGGAGGUCGAGGAGCGCAACCACAAGCUCAAGGCCGUUGAGCAGGCUGCUUCCAAGCAGACCAUGCGCAUGGCCCUUAUGGAGGCCUCGCAGACGAACGCUGCGCAGGCCCAGACCGAGCUCACGAACAAGAUCAACGCGAUGGAUGACGACCUGCGUGGCGCCAACCAAGAAGCCAGCCGCUGGAGGACCGAAGCCGAGCGCGCCAUUGAGACCGCCCGCCGGCAGCAAAUCGACCUGAACGAGACCCUCAACGAGAACAAGCAGUUGCAGAAGUUCCUUGACACCCUUGGAACCCAGCUCCAGGAGAACGAGCGCGUCAGGGAAAGCUGGCGCGCAAAGUUUGUCUCCCUCCAGGAAGACAUGGCUCAAGCUGCUCGCGACAUCACCGAAGAGAAUGCCCGCCGGACCAAGCGCGAACAGGCCCUGCUCGCACGCCAAGAGGUCCUGGACGCCAAGCUCCAAGCCGAGGCGCGUACGCGUGAGCGUCUUGAGACCGAGAUUGAGCGACUGGAGAAUGGCGAGCGCCAGGGCAUGCGUGCUGUCAACGAGUGCAAGCGUCUCGAGGGCCUGCUCGGCGAGAUGAAGACUGAGAACCACAAGCUUCACCAGUCUGCCAUGCGCUACCAGAGCGAGUUUAAGGAAGCCAGAGAGUCUGGCAUCAACGAGGUCCAGCGAACACGCGCCGCCAUGCAGCGGGAGAUUGAUCAAGCCAACCACCACGUCAACGUUGUCCGCGAGGAGCUCGAGGAGCAGGUUGCCAAGCUCAGAGCCGAGCUCGACCAGGUCAACAUGGAUGUUGAGACUGCCAAGGCUCAGUCUGAGAUGAUGAUGGAGGAGGCUCAGAGCAGCAAGACCGAGGCUCUCGAGGAGCUGAAGCGCAAGCACCAGAACGAACUCGAGGACUUCCAGACCCGCUGGGAGCGCCAGCUGAGCAACGCCGUCGAGGAUGGCCAAAAGACCGAGCAGCAUCUCCUCGAGCGCCUCAGCCUCUCCACAUCCAAGACGGAGCACCUGCAAGACCGUGUCGCCCACCUGGAGGAGAAGCUCGAGAUUGCCAAGGAGGCUGCUCGCGCCGCCGCCCAAGCUGCCAAGUCGGCCGGUGUCGAGCCACCUGCCCAGCCCGCCGCGACCUUCCAACCCAAGGCCGUCGCCACCGUCGCCGCCGCCGUCGUGCCCAAGGCCAUGGACCUCCCCGAGAAGAUCUCGCCCCAAGCCCUGCGAGAGUCCAUUAUGGUUCUGCAGGAGCAGUUGCAGGCCCGCGAGCAACGCAUUGAGGAGCUCGAGUCCACUGUCGAUAAGCUCGACCCUGAGGCACCGACGAAGAUCGCCAAGCGUGAUGACGAGAUCACCUGGUUGCGCGAGCUUCUUGCUGUGAGACACGGUGACCUGCAAGACAUUAUCCUUGCCGUCUCCGCUCAGGACUUUGACAGGGAAGCUGUCAAGGAUGCCGCCAUUCGUCUCAAGGCCAACCUCCAGAUGGAGGAGCAAGAGCGCGAACGUGCGAUGAACGGUGGAUCGGCCAUCAACCUGCCCAACAUUGCGCAGUCCCUUCGUGAAGCCGCUUCACCUCGCGUUGCCCAAGCUGUCGGCCCCCUGGCUGCAGCAUGGGGUAACUGGCGAAAGUCCCAGCAGCCCAUCUUCGCAUCUGGCGGGCGAAGCGGUCGACCUUCCACGGCACGACCUGCUCCCAACAGCAACCACACUCCCUCCCGAUCUACGACCUCGGCGUCAUUCAGCAACAACACCAAUGGUUUGAUGACGCCGCCAGCCUCUGGCCUCCGUCAGACCCCUCCUGCAAGCACGGAGGAACCCCAGCCGACGGCAUUCCAGACCACCGGCCGUCGGUACACGGCUCAACAGCUUCAGAACAGGACUCGAGGACCGUCGUUCGCCGACGUACCAUCCGAGCCCAUGCCCCUGAAGAGCCCACCAUCCCGUCGUCCGUCAAGUCGCUCCCAACAACCAAUGACGCCCCCGAUGAUGCGGUCAAGCGCAUACGACUCGGACGCUCACCCGGGCGACUUUGACGAUACCGAUUUCUUCGAAGAUUAA